UCUCUGAUGGAGAGCCUGCUAAAGAUGAAAGAUUGGACUUCUGUGUUUGGAGAAGAUGUAACAGAUGAUGGUAAUCUUGAUUUAGAAGUCAAGAGUGACUUAGAAAAUGAUGUGCACUUAGGUAACCAGCCGAAGGGAGCUUUGAAGAAGCUAAUUUAUGCUACUAAGUUAAGUGCUUCUUUAAAAGCCUUAGAAGGAGAAAGAAACCAAAAUUACACUCAGUUAUCUGAAGUAGAUAAAGCAAACGAUGAUCUUACAGAGUGUAUCAGAAGUCUGGAGUCUGAACAAGUGUCUCUGCAGUCAGCUAACUCAGAACUUGAAAAGGAGAAACAGAAGCUUCAGCAGAAACUCACAGUGAUGACGGAACUGUACCAAGACAACGAAAUGAAGCUUCACAGGAAAUUAACAGUAGAAGAAAAUUGCCGAUUAGAGAAAGAGGAAAAACUUUCCAAAGUGGACGAGAGGAUCAGCCAUGCGACCAAGGAGCUGGAGACCUACAGACAGCGUGCCAAGGAUGUCGAAGAAGAGUUGGAGAGAACAAUUCGUUCUUAUCAAGGGCAGGUUAUUGCUCAUGAAAAAAAGGCACAUGAUAAUUGGCUGGCAGCUCGGACUUUGGAAAGAAACAUCAAUGAUUUAAGGAAAGAAAAUGCUCUCAAUAGACAAAAAUUAACUGAAGCAGAAUUUAAAUUUGAACUUUUAGAAAAAGAUCCCUAUGCACCUGAUAUUCCAAAUACAGCAUUUGGCAGAGAGCACUCCCCAUAUGGUCCCUCCCCACUGGGCCGACCUUCAUCUGAAACGAGAGCUUUUCUCUCUCCUCCAACUUUGUUGGAGGGUCCACUCAGACUCUCACCUUUGCUUCCAGGGGGAGGAGGAAGAGGUUCACGAGGCCCUCAGAAUCCUCUGGACCAUCAGAUGAACACUGAAAGAGGAGAGACAAGCUAUAACAGAUUAUCUGAUGCUCCCAGAGCACCUUCUGACAGGUCCCUGUCACCUCCAUGGGAACAAGACCGAAGGAUGAUGGCCCCUCCACCUGAUGGGCCAGGGUCCUCAAAAUUGGAAUCCAGGAAGAAUGAUACCAAAGGUGACCCUGGGAACUCAACUGUGCCCAACUCUCCUCCUGCUGAAUGUGAGACAGCUGGCCCUGGCUUCAUCCCUCCACCAGUUCCCCUGUUUAGAGGCCCCAGAGGCCCUCCCUUUGCAGGGGAUCCAAGAAGACCCAUUAUGAGAGGGCCUCCCCCAUUCCCACCACCUCCUCCAGGAAACAUCUAUGCAGGUCCUCCAGACUAUUUUCCACCAAGGGACUUUGCUGGCCCGCCCUUCCCGCCAUUCCCAGGGAGAAAUGUGUACGAACCGAGGGGCUUUCCACCUUACCUUCCCCCAAGAGCUGGGUUCUUCCCCCCACCCCCACAUCCUGAAAGUAGAAAUGAGCUGCCCCCAGACUUGAUUCCUCCUUCCAAACAACCUGCACCUGAACCUCCAGAAACACAGGAGACCUGACAGUUUCCUCGGAGUCAUUUCUUCUCCUUUUCUUUUUAAGUAACUGCUGUUACUUAUGUGAUUACAUUGUUGCUCAAAUUGAAGCUUAAUGGAAUUAUAAUUCUCAGGAUAGUAUUUUGUAAAUAAAGAUUUAAAUAUGAAUUUUAUGAGUAAAUUAUUUCCAUUUUAUUUCAUUCUGGAUAGUAUAUUUUACUUUGAUUACCUCAUCCAUAAUUAUGGUAGUUUUAUACAUGUAAUCUUAGAGUUGGGGAUAUCUUAAACCUAAAAGGCUGUGUGUUUCUACCAGGAAUAUGUUCACCAUGGUGUAGACAAAUGUAAAGGUAACUGUUUAAUCAAAUAAAUUUUAAUUCAAUUAAAGUCUUGUUUGGCAUUGAUAAUAAUAAAACCAGCCAGUUUCACAUAA